AGUCUCACACCAGGCCUCACUCUUCCUACGCGAUCCAUUGACAACUUCAGCAACCUCUUCUUCCUCGCCGUGCAUGGUGCCUCUCUCGCUGGCAUACCGACAACGACCAUCUGCUAAAUAAUCUCAGAUAUUCUUCACGAGAGACGGAACUGACGAACAUCCAUCCUUGGUACUUCCCAAUGCCAACGAGGCCUCUUCUUCCAGGAGCUUCUAGGUUUGCACAUUCGCCCCAGAUCUUCCCUUGUCGCUUUCUUUAUAGAUCCUAACUUGACGCUUACGACAUCCUCAGCCCACACACUCCUCCAACAUCUACAUCGCCGCGCCCGACAUGACCCAUACUGUACCCCUCAGGCAUCCUUACUGCAACACUAGCUGUGAUUUGGGAUACACGAUCUAUACCGAUCCCUGCCUCAGCUCCCAGGAAAGAUACGUCAACGCCUUCAACUGCCGUUUACAUUUAAAACCUGAUUUUUGCAGGAUGACAGUGCGGAACGUACAAGCAUUGAUCGGAAACCCUUGCUCCCCUCGAGAAAAGACCAGACUUGCUCUCUAUGUGAUCGCCAUCCACGCAGCCCGUUCCAGUAGCCUCUUCUCCCUCAUGACAUGUAAGGUCUCUCUCGCUGCGCAUCCCGGACAUCGACCAUCUGCUAACCAAUCCAGAUACGUCCCUCACCCCCUGCUCGACCCAGGUUAAGGCACCUGGGCCGUGUUAGGUACCCUACACCAUAGUACGGCACUGACAGACGUUUCAUCCUUGGCCAGGAGCUGUAUCGGUUUAUAAUAACCCUUUUGAAGAUCUUGAUUACGCCGUUUAUAGAUCCCAGCUCGACACUCACGACAUCACCAUCCUAUGUUGACGUGCUCCAACAUCGACCCGCUCUGCCCGACAUCUGUUCGAUCUCCAAAACAUGAGGGAUGAUAUCAAGCAAUGGUCUUUUCGAGCCAGCAACAUACGAAUAUGAUAGUCAGCAUCUAGUUACUUGAUAUCCUUGCCAAAAAGGUUAACCACAAGAUCAGUCUCGCCUACGGGACGCCCUUCCUCAUUCGGGGGAGGAAAGGAAAAUAUCUCGGACGACUAACAGGCGGUGACGUAUAUGCAGUCACGUGAAUCAAGACAUGAGCUGCCCUCAUCACCCUCGCUCUCCCUGUUGUGUUGACGCUGCCCGAUAUACGAAAGCGAACAUUAAUGACACACUACGCAACUAAAUCCGAAUCCUCGAUAUAUCCG